CUCCUUCCUUCGGGUUCUAUCACAAAUGACACAGUGCUAUCUGUGAUCAACGCACUCUACUUCAAAGGUAACUGGAAUUCACCAUUCAUCAAGGAGCGCACAACUACGGAGGAAUUCCAUUGUUUGGAUGGAAAACGGAUUGCUGUAAAAAUGAUGUUUGUCAAGGCUAUGUUUGGAUAUAAUUCAUGGGAUGCCUGUGCAGCCCAUGUCCUACGCCUUCCAUUCAAAGAUACC